AUGGUCGAUGUUCCGGCGGUGCUUGUUUCGAUCCCGUUCUUGGCCGACACCAAGCCGCAUCACCGGCGUCGCAUCAUCAAACAAGCUAUAAACCAGUUACCCGAAGAAACCCGGCGCCGGGUCUACAGUUUGAGUCGGGGCUCGUCAAAGUACGAGGUGGACGCAAUCAUGGGGUCCAACUCAAAUACCAUCACAGUGGGCGAGGACGAAGUCCACGUCGGCUUGUUCACGGAGGCUGCGAGGAUCAACCAUGCGUGCAGACCGAACGCAUACUACAGAUUUUCAGAACGUCGGUUGACUAUGGAAGUGGUGGCCUUCCGCGCUAUUCAGCCAGGCGAGGAAAUUUUCAUGAGCUACGUUCCUCUCGAAACACCAGUGGAAGAACGCCGAAAAUACUUGCAAGACCACUGGGGUUUCAACUGCGCCUGCUCGCUCUGUCGCGCAUCGAAAUUGGAUGCCGACAAUUCCGAAGCUUGGAGAGAAAAGGUCAAGAGUCUGAAAUCAACAAUCCUCGAUGCGAGAAGCCAAGAGUAUUACCAACACGCAAUUGUCAUGACGGAAGAGUGGCUUCAGGUCUCCGAAUGGGACAUGACCCCGCCUUUCAUGCCUGAUUACCACGAUACCCUCGCAGAUCUCUACUUUCUGAAAGGAGACAUGGUGAAUGCUACAAGAUACGCUCGCAUGGCUGUGGACGGGUGGGCAAGGUUGGGUAGCGUGGAUGAGGAGCAACUGGAAAGGUCUGCGGCGUUCCUGCACCGUGUGGAUGAGUUGAACGAAAAGGGAAGGUGA